AUGGCUGGAGUGAUGCGCCUAUGGAAUGGUUGGGGGGUCCAGAUCCUAGUGCUUGUUAGCUUCAUGCUGCAAGUGUUCCUGCUCAUGUUCGCCGGGAUGCGACGGCGGAACAUCUCCAUUGUCCCAAGGAACCUCCUCUGGCUAGCAUACCUGCUGGCAGACUACAUAGCGGUAUACAUCCUUGGCCACAUGACCUUCUUUGGCAAGUCCCACGGACACCAACAGCUCAUGGCGUUCUGGGCGCCGUUCUUGCUGGUGCAUCUUGGUGGCCAGGACAACAUCACAGCCUACUCCAUAGAAGACAACAAGCUCUGGCCGCGCCACCUGCUCUCAUUUGUUAUGCAGACAGCGGGAGUGGCCUAUGUCCUAUACAAGUAUGUCGCUGGCAGCUCGAUCUUGGUCAAAGUCUCGGCGAUGAUAUUUGUCAGUGGUUUUCUCAAAUAUGGGGAGAGAGUAUGGGCGCUCAAGUCCUCCAGCCUGGACAACAUGAGUAGAUUCCUCGACAGUAGGAAGUUGAGUGAGGCUAAACGAAAAUGGCGUGCACCAUGGACCCAAGGGGAGGGGUUGGAUCUUGAAGAGACUCUGCAGGGAGGUCUUGACCAAGGGGAGAAGUUGGAUCUUGAAAAGGUUCUACAGGGAGCUCAUGACCUGCUCCCCAUUUGCAUGGCUCAGUUGGUGGACUAUAAGUUCUGGCCAUCUACAUUGCAGAGUCAAACCUUAGAGCUAUUUGCUAACAAGGGCCAAAUGUUCGAGUUGGUUGAGAUGCAGCUCUCCUUGAUGUAUGAUUUCCUGUAUACAAAGGCAGCGGUGGUCUUUACAUGGUAUGGAUGCUUCAUCCGUGCCAUUUCAUCAGUUGCCACCAUCACCGCCUUCUUCCUAUUUCAAUCAAGCAUUGGCAAAAAUGACUUCAACAGAGUUGAUGUCAUUGUCACAUACAUCUUACUAGUUGGGGCUAUCUUCCUGGAAAUGAUGGCAUUAUUGAAGCUAAUCGGAUCAACAUGGACAUGUGCAUUGUUGCGUGCUAGAAGAUGGCACCGGCUUCACAACAUAGUUGUAUCUGUCCGGCGAUGUGUCAAGGCUGCAGAAAGAAAUAGAAGAUGGUCAGGUUCCAUUGGACAGCCCGAGUUGGUGAACUCGCCCCAUGGCAGUGGAGGGAUGCAAAGAUUUGUGGAAGAAGCUGCACCACUCCUUGGCUGUCAUUUCAGAUGGUACUAA